GUUCGCCGAGAUCCCACCUGAGAAAGGCCUGCGCCGCUGCAAGUGCUGGCUGCGGCAGGUGGCGCGCAAGGCGCGCAAGAACAUCCUGCACCACAGCACACACGACUGCUCCAUCCCGCCGGACUGCCGCGAGCAGCUCAAGCACAUCUACGUCUACUGACACCGUGCCGACGAGGUGACGUCAUACCGACACUGUGACGUCGCGCCGCGAGAGCACGUCGUAACGUGGCGGUGACGGGAAGAGACGGCCAACUGGUUGGCGUCGGUUAGGAUCGGUUGGUGGGGUGACCUCGCGACGGACCGCGAAGUGGGGCUCGCCGACACCCAGCAGGAGCUCUUCGAGACAAGCAAGCGCUGCAGGGAGACCUCAGAAGUGCUUUAUGAUUACAUUCUCACCAUGAAUGUCACAGACGUUCUCCAAUUCUUGGUUGGCGUUUCAAACCUCUGCUCACUCUACAUGGGACUGGCCGUCAGGCAUCAGCUGCCAGGCAUCGACCAAGAAUCAAAAACGCCGCGGAGAAGCCCUUUGUUGGCUCAUCAAGAUCUGAAGCUGCACCGGCACUCCGCGAGCACUCCCUCCACAGCACUCCCUCCAUUCCGCGAGUUAUCAAACUCUGCGGCGAGCAGAUCUUCAAGCUCUCAGACCCUGCGGGGCCCUGACUCCGUGUCGCGUCUCUGCACGGCCGGCUGCGUCAGGCCGACAGUGCAGCAUCCAGUCCGGCACCCGGUCCGGCAGUCCAGUCCGGUGUCCGGUCCGGCGUCCGGUCCGGCACCUGUUUCGGCGGCGAAUUCGUCCCCCAAAUCCCUUGACCCAGUGCCGGCCAGGGUCGACCGGCCCCCUGCCGCGCCCGCUGGCAAGAUCGACUGUCGUCACCAGCGCUGACCCGGCCACAGGUGGUGCAACAACUGUCUAAUGGACACCGGUAUGGCCUGUCGAUCACAGGCGGGUCAAGCGCCAGGCGGCGAGGUAGGCGGUGAGAAAUGGCGGGCGGAGACCGACAGCUGUGAUAACGUGCUCGGUAUGAGGUACCGGUGAGUGCCACAGGCGUCUGAGGGCUUCGUGUGGCAGGCCGGUCCGCGAUGGCGGUUCAGCCCCCAGUGUCGCUGUUGCCAACAGCACCGGCUCCGGUACCGCUGUUGCCGACAGCAUCAUAUCCAGUACCGCUGUUGCCAACAGCACCACAUCCGGUGUCGCUGUUGCCAACGGCACCAUAUCCGGUGCCGCUGUUGCCAGGUGCCUCUGUUGCCGACCGGCGCUGGCCGGGCUGCGUCGGUAGCGGAGCCAGGGGCGGCCUCAGGCCUGCUCUCUCUGCAGGCGUUGCUAUCGCGAGGUCCCGGGUUCUGGCGUUGGCUUGACCACCAUUGUUAUUCAUCAUAUUGUGCGAUGUAGCAAAAGAAAAGAAUGCUAUGCUGCCGCCAGCACUCGUCGGCCCCUAUUUCUUCCCCCACUCCGACACCGCCCCUCGCCCGGGUUUCUACUCCGUGGCUCCGCCCCUCGCCCCCGGCUUCUCCUUCCUGGCUCCGCCCCUGACGCCACGGACGCCGCCGCCGCCCGUGGAUACCUGUGUCGGCCGUGACUGAUGGCAAGGAUGGAGGGAGGCCGGCGGCGGCGGCACACUAUCCAGCGUCGGCCGGCGCUGUCCGGCCCGCCACGCUGGGGCGCUGGCGGCGGGCGGCGUGCCGUCGUGCCCGUCCACAUAAAAACACAUUGCCGGGGCAAGGCAGAAAAAGGGUUUUGUAUGAAGGGUCAGCCUCCGAAAAACGAGCCGAACAACCCGGUCGCGGAACUCUUUUGCUGUGGUCGGGUUUCCGACAGGGCGAGCUUUUGCCGCUGUUCGCCGAGAACGAUGCUUGGUUCCGGAUGCUAUUCUGGCACGGGGAUAAAUCUGGCAGCACUGCUGGUUUUAAUACCACAGGUCUUAGUCGAACCCCACCCUGGGAGGCACUCAUAGGUCAAGGACAUGCAGAAACGCGUUCAAUAAGCAACGAGAAAAGGCGCCGUCCGCGCAUAUCCACUCCGUGAGGGUGUGACUGGGAGGCUGAGAACCACCUCAUCCCCCACUGGUCCCGUCUGCAGGGCAGAGAACCAUCACAUCCCUUGUUGGUCCUUCUGCAGGGCAAAGGACCACCGCAUCCCUCACUGGUCUCGUCUGCAGGUCAGAGGACCGCCACAUCUCUCAUUGGCCCUCUGGAGGGCAGGGGACCACCACAUCCCUCACUGGUCUCGUCUGCAGGUCAGAGGACCACCACAUCUCUCGUUGGCCCUCUGGAGGGCAGGGGACCACCAUAUCCCUCACUGGUCCCGUCUGCAGAGCAAGGGACCACCACAUCCCUCACUGGUCCCGUCCGCAGGGCGGGGGACCGCCGCAUCCCUCGCUGGUCGAUCCAAAUGCCGGCUGCGUUCCUUGGUGAGGACGCUCUUUCGCCGCGGCCACGAAAUCGUGGCGAUCAUAAUCUCACCGACCGCCUCCAUCGCCAAGACCUGGGGCUCACCAGGAGCCCCGACAAGGACAGACACGAGCUGCUGGUUUUUGCUGUUACGCAACGCGCGCUUGUGUGCUAUUCGGCGUCGCUUGUGUGCUAUUCGGCGUCGCUUGUGUGCUAUUCGGCGUCGCCCACUGGCAGCCAUCUGUGCAUGCGCAUUCUUUGUCGAGCGAUAUCAGCCGAACGAUAUUUGGCAAUGUGGCUGGCGUUCUUGCGAUGAGCGUGGCUGUUUGACGCUAAGGCUGGCUCCCUCACGCAUAAGGAAUGAACGGUUGCGAACCGCACAGGCUUCUGGCGUCGCUUCGUUUUUAGGGCUUAUCGUGUCAUAUGGCUUGAAUACGCCAGCACCAGCCGUUCACACCACCGUUACGUGGAGUGAUAGCAUGUGAGGGGCAGAACACCACCAGAGUGUUUGUGUUCCAUGUCAUGGCCGUGUGCUCUCCAUUGUGCGCCCGCGUGCUUGCACGCGCGACGGACAGCAAAUGAUGAAGUUUACUGUGUCAGUGUCGGUGUCAGUGUGUCAGUUGUCAGCCUCCACGAGGCGUGCACGGCGAGAGCGUGACUCGGCGGAACGCCGGGCCGACCCCCUGCGGGCUUGCAAUCACAAUGGCGUGACCCCCCCCCCUCUUGCCACCGUAUUCAGAUGCAGUUCUCCGGGAAAAGCUCAGUCCUCGCUAUAGUUGACGUGUUUUUUCGUUCAUGAUCGUUGGCGCAAUUGCGGUAUUUGGGCGUGGUCGCGCGCGAUAUGCAUGUGUAAUGUCAACACUCGGGCCAGAGCUGGGUUCGCCGCAGGCGGCUGUUCCGUGCGCGCUCGAAAGUCGCGUUGGAAACUGAUGGCCUGCUUCUCGUGGCGUGGUGGUACAGUUCGGAGGGCGUCCGUUAGUGCUUGUCUGUGAAAUUUGCCUACGUGAAGUGAUAGCAUGUGAUUUGUGACGCUCAAACAGGCUCAUAAAAGAUAGCUCAUUAGCUCAUGUGUCAAUAAAUCAUUAUCCCAUG